AUGGAUUUGCUGGUGCUGGAGUCGGCAGACGACGAGCCUGUGGUGAAGUCGAGCUCGGCAAAGUUGUUGGGAUCGAACGUGACUCCUGCUACGGAUCAUAGGAAGAUUGCUGUGAGUAGGAGGUUUAUUGGCGGGUCAGGACAGACGUCGCCAACGAAACCUGGUAUGAGUCCUACAUCAUUGACGUCGGCAGGGUCUGCUUCGGUGACGAUGUUGAAUGAUGUCGAUAAAGAUAGGGAUAUUUUGUUCCCAUUCAGAAUCACCCAUGCUGGUUUAGGAGCCAAUUUGACUCUGUAUACGUUCUCGACUCCAGAAAAGGCCAGGAGGGACAGAGAGUUGUGGAGAGACGCGAUUAUGAAUGCCAAACGCGAAUACAGCUCGGCCGCGACGACUUUGAAGUCGGAACCGUUCAGAUUAAGGGUGCUGGCUGAUCAGGCGUUUGGAUAUGAUAGUUCGUCGGCUCCUCAAAUUCCGGUACAUACUGCUGGAACUGCUUUGGAUAGAGCGGUUCGUGAGGCCGAGUCAAGAACGCCAGUGUCGUUGACAAGGAGCAACGAUUCAACUAGUGCUACGUCAGUGUCGACUUUAGUAGACGGUGGAGCUGGUGAUGGGCCGAGACAAGUGGUUAAUUCACUCAUUAAUUCGCCAGUCAAUUGUGGUGUCAGCUUUGUAUAUGCGGAUCGCAACGAAUAUUGUAUGCUAGGACUCGACUAUGGUGUAUAUCUUCAUGAUAAAAGAGUGGGAUCCGUUUGGAAACGAUGUUUGACAUUGACCCAUGUCACUCAGAUUGCUGUUAUCCAGGAUAUGAAUGUGGCUAUUAUUCUUGCUGGUAAGACUCUGGCUUAUUAUCAUUUGGAUGUUCUGAUUAACCAAGCCACGAAACCCGAUACUCAAAAGUCGACGGUUGUUCCUAAAGGAUAUAAAUUAUCGGAAAAGAACGUCGGAUUCUUUGCUACGGGUAUCAUGCGUGAUCGUAUUCUAUUAUUUUAUAAAAAGACAGAUGGACUCAGUUCGGUGUUCAAGGUUCUCGAGCCUGUUCGGGAAAAGGGUUCGCAACAGAAACGGUCUAAAGUUCUUUUCUCGCGUGAUGAGACAUUAUCGUCUACAGAGUACUUCAGAGAUGUGGAUAAAUUCUACAUUCCCACUGAGAGUUAUGGAAUCAGUCUUUUCAAAUCAACGUUUGCUGUUCACACUACAAAAGGAUUCGAGCUCUUGUCGUUUGAUACAAAGUCAACUCCUUUGAGUUUGCCAUUGAUUGCUCCUCAAGCACUUCAGAACGUGCUUCGAAUAUCAAGGGGAUUCAAGUUCUCUAGUGUCGAUAGUUUCAAGAAGAAAAUUGAGUCGUCGAAACCAUUGGGUAUGUUCCGAGUCACUUCCGAGUCUAUUAUCCUGUGUUAUGCAGAAUUUGCUCUUUACACAGACAACGAUGGUAAUCUCAACGAUCGGAAUGCAGUGUUCUCGUACCUCAGCAAAGCCAAAAAAGUAUCUUUCCAAAUGCCCCAUCUGAUUAUCUUCGGCGACGAGAUUAUCGAGGUGCGUCGCGUUGAUAGGUCUGGUCAGCUGAGACAGGUCAUCACAGGCAAACACAUUCGCUGCAUCGACUCUCGAGACGGCCAAAUCAAAGCAGCUAUGGUCCACCCCCUCAUUCGCACAAAACAACUGGUGGUCGAGCUCGUGGAAAACGAGUUCGCGGUUAUGGACGACACCAGCACCCUGUCCGGGUACUAA